AUGAAGGUUGCGAUUGUUGGUGCAACUGGCCAAACUGGCUCAGUCAUUGUAGAAGCGCUCCUCUCGGAUACUUCAAACUUUGAGGUCACAGCUCUCGUCAGGGAGUCAUCCCUCCACAAGCCUGCGGUUCUAGAGUUGCAGCAGAAAGGUGCAGAAAUCGUCGCAGUCGACCUUGCCAGUAGUGAGAUCGAAAUGACCAAAGUACUCCUUGGGCAGGAUGUUGUUAUAUCCACGAUCUACGGCGGAAACGUCAUGGACGAGAUCCCUCUUAUCAACGCCGCCAAAGCCGCCGGUGUGAAACGGUAUCUACCUUGUUUCUUUGGCACCGUCGCGCCUCCCAAGGGUGCUCUUCUCCUGAGGGAAAUGAAAGAGGAGGUGCUGAACCACAUCAAGAACAUCAGGUUGCCGUAUACCGUGGUUGAUGUCGGAUGGUGGUUUCAGGUCAACCUCCCUCGCCUUCCGUCGGGCCGCAUCGAUUACGCCGCAAUGGAAACAUCCGACGGAAUCGCUACUGAUGGCAAUGUUCCAUUCGCAUUGACAGACCUCCGCGAUGUCGGGACAUAUGUAAGACGUAUCAUCUUGGAUCCUCGGACUCUCAACCGCAUGGUAUUCGCAUACAAUGAGGUUGUGACGCAUAAUCAAAUGUACGAUUUAAUGGAACGACUCAGCGGAGAGAAACUUGAACGAAGAUAUGUCGCAGCAGCAGAAAUUGAAGCUCGUAUCGACUCCGUGAGGAUUACAGAUCCUGCCCCAGACUCGGUUGAGUUCAUAGGGCUAACCCAGCUACAAUACUGGCACUCUUGUGGUGUUCGUGGAGAUAAUACGCCUGAGAAUGCUCAGUACCUGGGAUAUCUCCUAACGAAGGAUCUAUACCCUGACAUUGAGGGGGUGACACUGGAGGCUUAUGCCAGGGAUGUUCUUGACGGAAAGGGGCGCAGAGUGUAUGAGCAUCUUAUGGAUCUGCCCUCCCUCGGUGCGGCCAAUAAAGCGUGA